AUGAUGGAUCUGACGAAUGACACCACGGUCAUCACAGCCAGCGACGGGGGUGUCUUAUUGGAUGACUCCUCAACCCGCGUCCUGACUGGCUGUUUCCUCUCGCUGCUCAUCCUCUCCACGUUGCUCGGCAACAUCCUUGUGUGCGCCGCCGUCACCAAGUGCCGUCACCUGCGUUCCAAAGUCACCAACUUCUUUGUGAUUUCGUUGGCCGUCUCCGACCUCCUGGUCGCUGUCCUGGUGAUGCCGUGGAAGGCCGUGACGGAGGUUGCAGGGUUCUGGCCAUUUGGCUCGUUCUGCGACACCUGGGUGGCGUUCGACAUCAUGUGCUCCACGGCGUCCAUCUUGAACCUGUGUGUGAUCAGCGUGGACCGUUACUGGGCGAUAUCCAGCCCGUUCCGCUAUGAGAGGAAGAUGACUCCUAAAGUGGCGUUCGUGAUGAUCAGCGUGGCCUGGACGCUCUCCGUCCUCAUCUCCUUCAUCCCCGUCCAGCUCAACUGGCACAAAGCCCAGACCUUUACCUCUACCUCCAUCACUACCUCCACAACCACCCCCUACAGCCUCCAGGCCUCCCCAGACUCCUCUAACCCUGUUGGGGAUAACAACACACAUCAGGCCCCCCGGGACUGGGACAACUGUCACUUCAGCCUGAACCGGACCUACGCCAUCUUCACCUCUCUGAUCAGCUUCUAUAUCCCAGUGAUCAUCAUGGUGGCCACCUACACCCAGAUCUACCGCAUCACCCACCGUCAGAUCAGAUGCAUCGCCACCCUAGAACGGGCCGCAGAGAGCGUCAAGAACCGACACAACAGCUUGGGUGGAGGCGGUGGAGGAUCCAGCAUAUCCGAAUCAGAGAGCUCGUUCAAGAUGACGUUCAAACGGGAGACAAAGGUCCUGAAGACGCUGACUCUGAUCGUGGGCGUGUUCGUGUGCUGCUGGCUGCCCUUCUUCGUCCUGAACUGCAUGGUGCCGUUCUGUGAGCUGUCGCCCCCCGGUGGCGUGGCCUCCUUCACCUGUAUCAGCCCCACUAUGUUUGAUGUGUUUGUGUGGUUGGGCUGGGCCAACUCUUCUCUCAACCCCAUCAUAUAUGCCUUCAACCCAGACUUCCGCAAGGCGUUCUCUAUCCUCCUGGGCUGCCACAGACUCUGUCCUGGAGAUCACGGGAUGGACACGUUCUGUCUCAAUAAGAAAUGA